CUUUAUUUUUUUUUACCCUUGACGAUUUAUACGCAUCUGAAAAAAAUAAAUAAAUAAAUAAAAUGAAAUAAAAAUAGUCAUCAUUAUAGAAAAUUAAUACACAAAAACCGGAAGAAAACCAGUCAUUAGUAAACUUAAUGUUACGGAAGCUUGAGAUUUAGACGAACAACAGGGAAGGAAGAAAAAAAUAAAUAGAACCUGCAUACAAACUGGUUCACAUUUAGGGUUCAGCGAAGCAGCGAAUAAAUUACCGAACCCUUGAUGGUGACCUCGCGUCCUCUGGGGAGAGAGAGAGAGAGAGAGCACCAUUCUUUAUAAUCUCUCUUAUCACUGAUAGCUGAAUGGUUAAUGAACUUUUCUCUGCUUCACAUCAACACAAACACAAGUGCAUAUCAGUGAGAUCGCGGAACGCCCCUACUGAACUACCGGUGAUGGAGAGAGAGAGAGAGAGAAGGGGGGAGAGAGUAAUAAUAAACUUUUAAAGCCAUAAAUAAAGGAAAAUAAGGUGAAAAUAAGGAGAAAGAUCAGAAAAAAGGAAAAGGAGAGAAAAAAAAAAGAUGAAAACAGAGAGAGAGAGAGAGAUUCAUGAACGAGUAAAGAUAAAGUUGUAAAGCAAAAAAAAAAUAAAGGUAAAUAAGAUAAAAGCAAGGAGAUAGAUGAGAAAAAUGAAGAGGGGAAAAAUAUUAAAGAUAGAUAAGGAAGAACGUGGAGAGAGAGAGAGAGAGAGAGAUAAGGAUAAAGAAUGAAGCACAAUCUUUUUAUCACCACUAAUCCUGCUCCUCCUCCUCCUCAUCCUUUCUCGUGUUUACUCACUUAGCAACGGGUUCACAAAUACCUCCCUUGUUAUGUAUCGAUUUUGUAUCAUGUUGUCGUAUCGAUUAAGCCUUUUAAUUAUAUGGUAUAUGAGUUAGUGCGUUAUGUAUAUGUGUACUGGUAUAAUCUCUCUCUCUCUCUCUCUCUCUCUCUCUCUCUCUCUCUCUCUCUCUCUCUCUCUCUCUCUCUCUCUCAGAACAUAAGAGACAAGUAAAAAAAUAAACUUGCUGGGGAUUAUGACAAAUUUUCGUCCGUUUAUAAAAAUAAAUAAAUAAAUAACAGAUUAAACAUAACUAACUAAAGGACCGAAACCUCUCACUACCUCUUAUUUCUCCCACUCUUUCUCGGCUUGUUCCCUAGGCCAGUGAGAGCCCCGAGAGGAGCCCUCAGGGUAUAGGGUCCCCCGGGUGAGGCAGGGGUGUGUCCAUCCAUACAUACCCUUAGACACUUGGAAGAGAGGACGUGAGGGCACAGUAACGGUAGGAUGUGUCAGAGAAGGAGGAAGAAUGACUACCGCACCACCGUUUCCUUCCAUCAAGCGCCAGCCUACCUAAGAACUAACCCGUAUAUUAGAAAGGGUUAUCGCGCCAAUCUGUCCACCCUACAGUGUUUCCGAAGCCUCUUCUCCUGGAACAAUGAGACCCUGAAUGUGUGGUCACACCUGGCGGGGUUCGUGGUGUUCCUGGGACUGCUGGUGUACGACGUGGUGUUUGUAUUCCACCAGUACCGCGGCACACGCCACGACGCGGUGGUGGUGGCCUUUGUCCUCGUCUCCUUCAUGGUGUGCAUGCUGCUGUCCUCGCUGUACCACACACUGAAUUGCCGCUCAGAGGAGUCCUGUCGGCGCUGGCUUUCCUAUGAUAUCUUUGGAAUCUCCGCGUCCUUCCUGGCCAUCUUCCUGAGUGGCAUUUACUACGGGUUUUGGUGUCCUGAGUACCUGGGAGUAAGAAACACAUACAUGGCUCUCGUCGGCUGCCUCUUCCUGGGAGCGAUGACGUUUCUUCUUAACCCUAAGCUGAUGGGGUCGGAGUGGGACAACACAAGGGUGGCUCUGUUCACCGGCUGGGCAGUAUCUGGCCUGCUCCCCCUCGCACACUGGAUGUAUAUUCACGGUGGCUUUAAUCACGGCAUUGUACAGGUGUUCCUCCCCCGCAUCAUUGUUAUGUACAUCAUCAGUGGGGCGGCAGUGUUCGUCUACCUGGGCAAGAUUCCUGAGCGGUACUUCCCAGCUGUGGCAUCUCAUUGUGGUGGCGGCACUCAUCUACUGGCACCAGACUGGCCUCCUGUAUGCCAAGUUCAGGCUUACCUAUGGCUGCCGUGCUGACCUCAUUGAUUUGUGAGAUGACAUGUAGACAGACACAGACAUAGGCACACCACACACACACACACACACACACGUACAUACACACACAUGGUAUUCUGAAAUGCUUUGGUGUCUCAUCACGACUAUUUUCAAAGGCCACAGAGGUGAUUAGCCAGGUUCUCAAGGGUGUUUCUCCUGCUCAUAAUGUGGAAAUCUUGUUAAUCUAUCACUAGAACUGUAAAAACACCCUUGAAAACCCGUGUCACUUCAACUAGAGCCUUUUGAAAGUAGUGGAGCUGUGGUGUAGAAGUGUUUGAGAAUAUGGUACCUAUGCACACACACACACACACACACACAGCUUUGGCUCGGACCCUGUACUAUACAACUAGGUAAAUACACACACACACACACACACACACACAAUGCAGCUUAUGAUCUAUCAAAAAAAAAAAUACAAGACAAAAACAUUUCCAAUACAACCUAAUCUAAAAUUACUGAGCAUUCCACACACACACACACACACACACACACACACACACACACACACACACACACACACACACACACACACACACACACACACACAUGGAGGUCCCAGUGUGUAAUAUAAAGUCUUACAGCAUAUCAGAGCUUCAGAGCAAAGGACCUACAAGUGUUAAUCUCGAUAUUCAGGGUAUGAUAAGUUUUAAGAGUUUUUUAAUAGUCCCCCCUGUAAGACUUAAGCUCAAAGGGAAAGUCACAGUGAUAUUAUAAUGUUGUGCUGUUCAGUGUUCAGAGUUUGUAUGAAAGAGAGUUGUUGUUAAUGGGCUAUUUUGAAAUUUAUAGUAUUUAUUUAUUUUUUUGUUCAUAUUUUAAUAGUUUAUGGAUUCUCUUCUUUUUUUUUUCUUGUUGUUUGUUUAAGUUUUGUUGUUUAUGCUUAUAGUAUAUAUAUUUGCAGGAUUUAAAGUGUUCAGAAUUUUCUUGGCCAGAUCUCGGAAUUUAUGUGAAAAAAAAAUCCUGUUAAUUGGUUUGUUUUAAGAUUUUACAGGAUUCUGAAAUUCUUGGGGUUCAGAAUUUAUAUAUGAGAAUUUUUGUUAGUGGAAUUGGUGAAGAUUUACUGAAUUUGAAUUUUUAUAUGCCAAAAUUUACGUGAAAACAAUAAUUGGUAAUUGGGUUGUUUAAAUUUCUCGUACUGUAUUUAGGUUUUUGUUUAUUUAAUUCAGUUACUUAUUUAUUUAUUUAUUUAUUUAUUUAUUUAUUUAUUUAUUUAUUUAUAUACUUAUUUAUUUAUUUAUUUACAUAUUCAUUUUUUGGAAAGCUGUUAUUUAUUUAUUUAUUUAUUUACUUAACAUAUUAAUUUUUGGGAACCUGUCAUUUAUUCACUUCUUUACAUAAUAAUUUUUGGAACAAUUUACAUGAAUAAGAAUCACUCACCGUGUAAUCACAAGAAUUUUCAAUGUAAUUUAGUGUAACAAGGACGGUAGGCAGAGUGAGAAUUGUCAACGAAACUUGGUGUAAUGAGGAAAAAUUUCAAUGUAACUUGCCACGAUGAGGGAAGAGCAGUGGUUGUGUGGAGUGGUGUUGAGGAUGUGGUGGUGCCUUGCGUGUGGUGCACCUCUUGUUCUGGCUGUGUGUGGUGUUAAGUGGUAUUUAACGGGAAGAAAAUAACCCUUUACUAUUUAACUCUCGUUGUCUAACCCUCUCACUUCUAUUUUCCACUUUUCCUUGAUAAUAACUCAAACGUUUCUUACUAUACAGUCACAUAGAAAUUACAAACUCUACUCAUUUAAUCCUUUUUUUUUUGUUAACCCUUCACUAUUUAACUCUCACUAUCCAACCCUUUCACUAUCCAACCCUUCCACUUCUAUUUUCCACAUUUUUUCCUUAAAAACUAAUAACCGUCAAACAUUUCUUCCUAUUUUAGUUACUGUUAAAUAGUACACAAGCUAGAAAUCACGAACUCUACUAAUCUAAUACAUUUCUUUACUGUAAACACUUAUAAAAACUCCAUACAUUGCCUUUUGGUGCUGGGGCUCAUUGCAUAUCACAUUGGAAGGGUGAAAGGAAGGGUAGGUGCUGUAGUGUUUAAUGGGUGAAAACUUGGGAGCUAGGAAGAGCUUGAGAAUUUAGGUGCUACAGUAUUCAGUGGGUGGUGAAGACUUGUUAGGAAGAGUUUAAAAAGUUUGGUGGUUUCAAUAUUAAGUGGGUGAAGACUUGGGGAUGUUAGGAAGAGUUUAAAAAGUUUGGGGGAUGUUAGGAAGAGUUUGAAAAGUUUGGUGGUUCAAUAUUGAGUAGGUGAAAACUUAGGGAUGUUAGGAAGAGUUUAAAAAGUGUAUUGGUUCAGUAUUAAGUGGGUGAAGACUUGGGGAUGUUAGGAGGAGUUUGCAUUUAAAGGAAGGUUAGUAAUGCAGCAUUCAGUGAGAGAAGACUGGAGUAUCAGGAAGAAUAUAAAGAAAGAUUAGUAAGAUCAGUGAAGAUUUUGGGAACCUUAAGAUUUCAAACUGAUUCCUUGACACACACACACACACACACACACACACACACACACACAUCUAUCCCAGUGAUCUAAGUCCUACAUUAAUGAUAGGACACUCACUGUAUUAGUAAGGCCACUAGUGUUAAGGAGAAGUCAGGCUCAAGUACUAAUGAUAAUCAAGAUAGUCUUCCAUUGUAAUUGUACCUCAGUGUUUUGUUAUUGUUUCUUGUUCAUAUUGGGGAGUGGAGAGUAUGUUAGUGAUGGUAGGUUGGUGCUUUGAUAAAUUUUGAUGGGUUUUGAUAGGGUUUGUUGUGUUUUGAUAGGUUUUUAGUGAAAUUGUGAUGAAUUCUGGGGUUUGCUCUCUCUCUCUCUCUCUCUCGAAGACCGUCUGUGCUUAUUGGGUCUGUGUCUCUCGUGAAGCUUCAGAUUAGCAGCUGUUGUGUAGUCAUGGUCAGAAGUCUAGUCAUCUGCAGUCUUCAGAAUAAGGGUUUGGUGCAGGAAGCCAUCAGGCCUACACGUGGCAGUCCCUGUAUUAAACAUGCUUGCUUGAUUCCACCUGUCAUCUUCCGUUAAUUUGUCUAGUCUUUUAAAGUUCUCUAAUGACUAAUUAUUGAGUCAAUUCCAUUAAUUUGAUAAUCAAUUCCUUCAUUCUUUUGGGAGUGGCACCUCUGUCGGCCUCCUUUUUUUUCUUUUUUAAGUAUACAAAUUUUGUUUCCUCUUAGCUUGUGUCCUUACGUAAAUAAAUAAAUAAAUACUAGACUUCUGGCCAGAACUGUACUUGAAUCCUUGCAUGAACAUUGUGUUAGUGUGGGUGUGGUGCUGGGCGGGUCGCUGAGGGUAGCUGUCGUCGUUUACUCUGCUGCUGUGAUGGGGCUGCUGGGUCGUGACUUAGACGAGCAAUACUGGUGUGCAAUAUUUAGAACGUAGUGCUUUUGUAUUUAUUAGUGACUAGGUGCUGUGGUGGGUAGCUUUUAUGACACUCAGUAUUUAAGUUGUGUGUGUGUGUGUGUGUGUGUGUGUGUGUGUGUGUGUGUGUGUUGAAAGUAGACAGAGUAAGAUACUUUGAAUUGUCAACUUUCUCAUAUAUUACAAUUUUAUUAUUUAAUUUAGAAAACUCAUUAUUUAUACAGAAAAUAAAGAUACCUAAAGCCACCAGCUUAAUUUCCUUAUGAAAUGUCCAGACAAUCUUUGUUAUCAACCCAUUUGUGUCACAGGAUAAUUGAUUAGUCUGAUAACUAAAGAUUUAUCCUUUGACUUUUCAUGAUAUUGUCUUGUAGAUUUCAGUACAUUAAUUAGUUAUGGAUCAAUACCUCAGGUUCCUACAUUGUUCCUUUUUAUUGUAACUUUUGUCAGGUUUGCACUUUCAGGAAAUGGCUCAAUGUGUGAAAAAAUAUUCAGAAAAAUGUUUAUCACCACCUGUGUUCUUUGGAUCAUUGUUGACUGUUCUUGCAAAGCUUCCAACUUUCAUCAGGACCACUUUGAAAGGCUACAGGGACAACAAGUCAGCUUCUCACGUGUUUCUCCCUGAUCAACAAGACAGAAUCGCUUAGAAAGAAUAUAAGUUCCUAAGUCACAAAAUGAUCAGAAAAAACAACAAACUCUUCAUCAGACAGCUAAUGAAAACAAAGCAAGACAGUCUUUUGGAUGGCUAAAAGUCACACAAGAAUCAGAAAAACAGUCUUCAUCAAACAGCUAAUGAAAACAAAGCAAGACAGUCUUUUGGAUGACUAAAAGUCACACAAGAAUCAGAAAAACAGCUAAUGAAAACAAAACAUGGCAGUCUUUGGAUGGCUAAAGUCACACAAGAAUCAGAAAAAACAACAAACUCUUCAUUAAACAGGUAACAAAAACAAGAACAGAUCAGUCACACGAGGGGUAUGAAAAAGAUGCAGCAUUGUUGAGUUGGCUAACUUUACUGUAUAAAACAAAUCACAGACUAGACUGAUUACAUGGCUAAGUAGACUAAGUACAGUACUGGAACACUUGAUAACAUCCGGCCUCUCCCUUACGCUAAAUCUUGGACAGCCUGCGCCUCACCACCAACUGCAUAUUUACAAGUUCCAACAUCUACAUUGAGAGAAAUGGGAUGUAACAGGGUGGGUUUUUAAAUUUUUCAUAUUCCGUCAACUUGAAAAGGCACGUGCAUUCUUGUUAGAUAUUGCAAUGUAGGUUUUUGCUAUAGUUCAGAAUACAGUAUUUGACAUUAGGGAGUAUUUGUGUUAGUGUGUGUGUGUGUGUGUGUGUGUAAGGAUCGGCUUAGCUUCACUGUCAACACUUCACAGUAAUAUUUGGUGUUGUAAUACUGGCUGAGUUCAAUGCCUGUCAUCUGUACUUAAAGCAGCCCCCCCUUGAGCCUCACAGAAUCAUAACCUUACCACUAAUAUGAUAUGGUAUCCGGUCAGUGAAGGAUACAACAGUUACUUAUACCUCAAUUCACUCUGAGAUUAAAUUAUAUACAGACUGACAAACACACGAGACUUCUGAUAACACAUGGAUUAAUUAGUGUCUUGUGCGUCCCAAUAGCCGAGGAAAUAAUUACAGGAAUAUUACCCAAAGUCAAAAUCCUCUCAUUAUCUUCCUGAACCAACACUGGACUUCUAAUUUAAGUAACCCUAAGAAAUUGAGUGGAGGCAAUAAGCUCAAUACUGAUAACACAAGUAUGCAUUUCUUUCACCUGAAAACCAGUGGUACCAAAGUGAAUAUGAGUGAAUCUGAGAACACCUGAAGACUAAUAGCAAUAUUUAUAGAUAUUUAUAGAUGUAUUUGAGAACAUCUUAAGAGCAAUGGUACCAAAAAUUAUGUCAGUGUCACCCUCUACACUCCACACUCCCCUGCCUACGCCACUGAAGGCUCAUCAUGCAGGCCUUCAGGAAUUAAGCCAACAAACACCAUAAAGUCAAUAAAAAAAAUAAAUAAAUAUUCUGACCUUGCCAUCCACAAUCUGUAUAAACAUUUCUAUGUGAUGGUAUUUCUGUCAAGGUGUUUCUAGCUAGUCGAAAGAUCAGAGGCUGUGUUAAGGUGGUCUGUUUUGUUAAAUUCCUGCUCAGUUACAGUUUAUUAGUCACUUUGCUAUGUAAAAACACCUCUUUGGGUAAAAAACACUUUGGUGUAACUGACAGUUGGCAAUAUAGUGCCAAGUAUUUGGAGCUUACAAUGCCACUAGUCCCUCCUCACCUUACUCAGCUCUCUACUUAUGAACCAAGACUACAACAAACAAGAAGACUCAGCUCUCUACUUAUGAACCAAGACUACAACAAACAAGAAGACUGAGGUUCUAACAGUGGCUGACUUUAAACCACUCAUAUUGUUUGGCUACAGACUACAGUUGAGUGAAGUCUAAUUAACAAGUGUACAUUAAAGCCGGUAGAGGCAAGGCUAACACUCCAGAAAAUGUUUUAUGGAUACCCGACUGUCAUAUUGGUAAGACUGAGCAAUGAGGGAAAAAAAUUUCUACCGCAGAGAAUCACACAGACAAACUAGAAACUGGACACACUCAGACAGGAAAUUUGCCACAAUGAGGAAAGAGAACGUGGCAGAAAUAAGCAUGAAUUUACUUGACAUGAGUGUGUAUUACAGGAAAAAUGAGCUUACAAGAACAAGAGGAAGUUUUUUUGCUACUGGACAGAGAUUAAGUUCAAGAGAGGUGCAGUUCACAACCAUCUUCGUAUAAUAAAUAUCCUAAGCUCAGGAACUUGGGGUGUGGCUAAGGAACACAUCCAGAAACUCGAGUCUCUCAUCAAAACUAUUUUCAAAGGCCACAGAUUAGCUGGGUCCUCAAGGGUGUUUCACCAGUUCGUAAUGCAGAAACCUUAUUAAUCUGUCACCAGAACUGUAAAAAUACCCUUGAAAACAUGUACAACUUCAACUACAGCCUUUUGAAAGUAGUGGCGUGGUGCAGACAUGUUCCAAAUAUGGUUUUACGAGGCAUUAGACUCUUAAUCUUUGGAGACGCGGAAAACAAAGCCAUCAGUGUCGGCCUCCUGGAAGAUAAACACAGCCAUCCAGCGCAGCACAACACAAACACUGAAUUACAAGACCUGUUCAAAAAGUACCCAACCAUUAUCUUUCCUCAGAGUCUGAUGCAACACAAAGGAGCAGAGGCAAGGGUGUUGGUAAGCUUUACUGUACCCGUGAUAAAAAAGAGUAAAGGAAACGACACAGAUGUUGGUACUACUGACAUGAGAGGUGCCAAGUAGGAACAGACACCCCUUACACAGUAACAUACAUGGCAACUCUACCAUUCCUGUGAAGCAGACAGGCCUGCCAACACUUCCAAAUGAGUAAGAGAUGAAGCAUUUCAUACAUCCUCUGACCCAAGAUAGCUGAUACUUAUUUUAUCAGAGAUGCAUGCAACUUACUGCCUUACUGGAGGGGUCAGUAAGUGGCAGGCCGCGGCACACACAUUAGUGAUGACCUGGAUGUGUGCAGCACCUGACAGCCACUCCAACAUGUAUACAAAAGUUUCCACCAAUGCAAGAACCACCAAGAUAAGUUUAUCAAGCCACAAAGGGCCUUACAAUAUCAACAGGUGGUACAGUAACAAGGUCAUCAAGCCAAAGAGAGCCUUAUAUAUCAACAGGUGGUACAGUAACAAGUUUAUCAAUAUCAUAGGAGGUACAGUGAAGUUAAGCUGUGUAUCUCCCUGCCUAAGACUGAAUACUUUGUGAACAGAUGUCAUUUUUAUAAGGAAACGUAAAGUCCGAUAAUAAAGUCAGCCAGUAUUGUGUUUCCUCUAAAAAUAUACAUAAAAAAAAAGUAUGCAGCCAGUUAUAAUUCUCAAAGUAUACACCAUGAACUACUGCAAUACACACAGCAACUAAACAAACUAAAGGUGAUGAGAUACCCAAGGAACACCAUUGGGUACACACAUGAACACCUGCAGAUCUGUCAAGGCUGGAACACUGGACAAGUCACCAACAGAACACGAGACAGGAAAGGAAGAAAAAUGACUGAGGUGAAAGUGAAGACAGUUGGAAUGAAGCAAGUUGUCAUGAGAAGAGAAAUAAAGAAAGCCACAAAUAAGGUAAAAAUGAACACAGGAAGAAUGAAACAAGUAACCAGACGAAGGAAAAGGAAGAAAAUAUAAGGAUAGCAAAUUAUAUGACAUGGAAACAGUUGUGAAAGGAAGUGAAAAGGUUUAAUGAAAAGUCCCUGGGAAAAAUAAUCAUAAAUUAAGUGAAACAACAAGACUACAACAAGAAGUAGGCAUGUUGAAGAAACCAAGAGAGAGAGAGAGAGAGAGAGAAACAUUAUACCAGAAAUCUGUAGAGGAAAAUCCAAUAAAAAAAAAAAAAAAGAGAACUAACAGAAAAAGGCAGAAGUGUGAGAGGAACAUUAAACCAGAAACCUACACAAGAAAAAACAAGAGAAAAGACAAACCACUGCUAAUACUGUGUGGGAGAGAAAAAUUAUACCAAAAUAAGCAAGAAAAAGAAGAAAAAAACAAACUACUAAUACAGAGAGAGAGAGAGAGAGAGAGAGAGAGAGAGAGAGAGAGAGAGAGAGAGAGAGAGAGAGAGAGAGAGAGAGAGAGAGAGAGAGAGAGAGAGA